AUGAGCCAGCUGUGCCUAUCGGUGUCACGUCAAAUGUUUCGUGCUGCCAGUAUCAGAGGAGCUCUCACGGGUGCCUUCUUCAUUCUGAGCUGCUUUGGGCUCUCUGAUUUCCAGAAGAGUUUUCUUCAAGAUCAGAAACCCAAGGAGGCAUCCUCUAACUUUGGGCACCAUGCUGCUGCAUUCACAGGCCGUCCUUCCUCUCUCCUCCAGAGACUGAGAUGGAGAAGGACUUUGGGGGACAUUCUGCACCUAGAACUGCUGGUAGCUGUGGGUCCCGAUGUCCACCAGACUCACCGGGAGGACACAGAACGCUAUGUGCUCACCAACCUCAAUAUUGGGUCAGAGCUGCUGAGGGACCCAUCCCUGGGGGCUCAGUUCCAGGUGCACCUGGUGAAGCUGAUCAUUCUCUCUGACUCAGAGUGUACUCCAAAUAUCACGACCAACAUCACCUCAUCCCUGAUGAGUGUUUGUGAGUGGAGCCAGACAAUCAACCCCCACGAUGACCAGGAUCCGAGUCAUGCUGACCUGAUUCUCUAUAUAACCAGAUUUGACCUGGAGUUGCCUGAUGGUAACAAGCAAGUUCGGGGGGUCACCCAGCUGGGAGGUGCCUGCUCCCCGUCCUGGAGCUGCCUCAUCACUGAGGACACUGGCUUUGACCUAGGGAUCACCAUUGCUCAUGAGAUUGGGCACAGCUUCGGCCUGGAUCACGAUGGUACUCCAGGCACUGGCAGCACCUGUGAGGCCAGUGGUCAUGUGAUGGCGUCUGAUGGCGCAAUGCCUGCUGGAGGGGCCCUAAAGUGGUCCGCCUGUAGCCAAAGGCAGCUGCGGCACCUGCUCAGCACAGGGCAAAUACACUGCUUCGGGGACCCGCCUGGGAUGCAGUCAGGGCCUUCACGGCACCAGCUUGUGGCACAGCCUGGCCUCUACUACAGUGCAGAUGAUCAGUGCCGUGUGGCUUUUGGCUCUGGGGCUGUCGCCUGCACCUUCUCCAGGGAGGGUCUGGAUGUAUGCCAGGCUCUGUCCUGCCACACAGACCCGCUGGACCACAGCAGCUGCAGCCGGCUCCUUGUUCCUCUCCUGGAUGGGACAGAAUGCGGUGUGGAGAAGUGGUGCUCCAAGGCUCGCUGCCGCUCCCUAGCCGAGCUAACCCCUGUGACAGCAGUACAUGGACGCUGGUCUAGCUGGGGGCCCUAUAGUCCUUGUUCUCGUUCCUGUGGAGGAGGUGUGGUCACCAGGAGACGGUGGUGCAACAAUCCCAGGCCUGCCUUUGGGGGACGUCCAUGUGUGGGUGAGGACCUCCAGGCUACGAUGUGCAACACACAGGCUUGUGAGAAGACUCAGCUGGAGUUCAUGUCCGAGCAGUGUGCCCAGACUGACAGCCAGCCACUGCACCUUCCCCAAGGCAGUGCCUCCUUCUACCACUGGGACACCGCUGUGCGGUAUAGUCAAGGGGACACUCUGUGCAGACACAUGUGCUGGGCUGUUGGAGAGAACUUCAUUGUGAGCCGUGGAGGCAGUUUCCUAGAUGGGACCCGUUGUGUGCCAAGUGGUCCUCGGGAAGAUGGGACCCUGAGUCUGUGUGUGUUGGGCAGCUGCAGGACCUUUGGCUGUGAUGGCAGGAUGGACUCCCAGAAGGUUUGGGAUGCGUGCCAGGUGUGCGGAGGAGACAACAGCACAUGCAGUCCACAGAAUGGCUCUUUCACGGCUGGGAGAGCCAGAGAAUAUGUCACGUUCCUGACAGUUACUCCCAACAUGACCAGCGUACGCAUCGUGAACCGCAGGCCUCUCUUCACACACUUGGCGGUGAGGACCCAGGGGCACUACAUCGUGGCAGGGAAGACCAGCAUCUCACCUAGCAUCAUAUACCCUUCCCUUCUGGAGGACUGCCGUGUGGAGUACAGAGUGACCCUCACUGAGGACCAGCUGCCCCACUUAGAGGAGAUUCACAUCCGGGGACCUGUCCGGGACGAUGUGGAGAUCCAGGUGUACAGACGAUACAGAGGGGACUAUGGGGAUCUCACACACCCAGACAUCACCUUUACCUACUUUCAACCGAAGCAGCGGGCCACUUGGGUGUGGACUGCUGUGCGUGGAGCGUGCUCAGUGAGCUGUGGGGCAGGGCUGCGCUGGGUGACCUACAGCUGCCAAGAUCAAGCUCAAAACAAGGGGGUGAAUAGCUCCCUGUGCCAAGGGAGCCCACAGCCACCUGCAUGGCAAGAGCCCUGUGUCCCUGCCCCCUGCCCUCCAUAUUGGACAACUGGAGACUUCAGCCCGUGUAGCGUGUCCUGUGGCGGGGGUAUUCGGGAGCGGCUAGUGCACUGUGUGGAGGCCCAAGAUGGUUUCUUAAGGUCACUGCCACCAGCCCAGUGCAAAGCGGUGGCCGAGAAGCCAGCCCCAGAGGUGGAAAGUUGCAACUCCCAGCCGUGUCCUACCAGAACAGAGGUAUCAGGCCCUGACCCUUGCCUGCCCACCUGUGAAGAUCUGACCUCAAGAAAUGUGACAUGUGUGCCCAGAGUGGGUGACUUGCAGGACACAGCCGCUGCAGGUCCCUGUCUCACAGAAGAGACUGCACCUACGGUGGAGCCCUGUUUCAGGACUACAUGUUCUCCAGGUUGGGGCCAGCUGGACACUGUGUCUCUGGGAGAGGAGGCUCCAACCGCUGCGGGCAGUGACAAGCCAGGAGCUCAGGCAGUGCAUGUGUGGACUCCUGUGAUGGGGCUGUGUUCCACCUCUUGUGGGCGAGGUCUGAUGGAGUUGCAUUUCCUGUGCAUGGAUUCUGUCCUCAAGAUGCCUGUCCAGGAAGAGCUAUGUGACUUGGCCAGCAAGCCUUCGAGUCAGUGGGAGGUCUGCCAGGCUGGCCCAUGUCCUGCUAGGUGGCGUUAUAAGCUGGCAGCCUGUAGUGUGAGCUGUGGGGGAGGGCUUGCACGGAGAAUCCUGUACUGUGCCCAGGCUCAUGGAGAGGAUAACGAUGAAGAGAUCCUGCCUGAUACCCAGUGCCAGGGGUUGACUCGUCCCGAGCCCCACGAGACCUGCAGCCCGGAGCCCUGUCCUCCCAGAUGGAAAAUCCUGUCCCUUGGCCCGUGCUCAGCCAGCUGCGGCCUUGGCACUGCUACACGAAUGGUGGCUUGCAUGCAGCUUGACCAAGGCCAUGACAGUGAGGUGGAUGAAGCUUUCUGUAAGGCUCUGGUGCGGCCCCAGGCCAGAGUCCCCUGCCUCAUUACUGACUGUGCCUACCGGUGGCACAUCAGCACCUGGACAGAGUGCUCCGUCUCCUGUGGGGAUGGCAUCCAGCGCCGGCAUGAUACCUGCCUUGGACCCCAGGCCCAAGUGCCUGUGCCAGCCAGUUUCUGCCAGCACCUACCCAAGCCAGUGACAGUGAGGGGCUGCUGGGCUGGACCCUGUGCAGGGCAGGAGACCCCCAGCUCACUGGCCCAUAAGGAAGAUACUCUUUCCAGCCAGACGCAGGCUGCUGUUACUGUUGCUUCUCUGGAGUGGUCCCAGACCCAAACCCAAGGCCACACCCUCUUUCCAGUCUCCCAGUCUCUGGGGAUCCAGGAAAACCUGGAAGAGUAUGGUGCCUGUGGAAGGCAGUACCUGGAACCCACGGGAACAAUUGACAUGCGAGGUCAAGGGCAGGUAGACUGUGUGGUGGCCAUUGGGCGGCCUCUGGGUGAAGUGGUGACUGUCCAAAUCCUCGAGAGCACCCUCAAGUGUAGUGCAGGGGAGCUGUUGCUGCUUUGGGGUAGGUUCACAUGGAGAAAGAUAUGCUGGAAGAUGUCUGGCAUGACUUUCAGCACCAAAACCAACACAUUGGUGGUGAGGCAGAAGAAUCAUGUGCAGCCAGGACGGGGAGUGCUGCUACGGUAUUGGAGCCAACCUGCCUCAGGGACCUUCUACAGAGAAUGUGACAGGCAGCUCUUUGGACCUCGGGGUGAAAUUGUGAGCCCCCAACGGAGCCCAGAUGGGAGGAAUACAAGGAGCUGCCGGCUCUUCAUCAGUGUGGCCCCACAGGCCCGCAUUGCCAUCCGUGCCCUGGCCAGUGACAUGGGCACUGCCUCUGAGAGGAUCAAUGCCAACUAUGUCUCGAUCAGAGAUAUCCACAGCCUGAGGACCACAACAUUUUGGGGGCGGCAGGCACUCUUCUGGGAGUCCGAAGGCAGCGAGGCUGAACUGGAGUUUAGCCCUGGUUUCCUGGAGGCUCAUGCCAGCCUCCAGGGUCAGUACUGGACCAUCCCACAGAGGACGCCGAACAGGACAACAGUCUGACUCUGUCCUAGAGUUCUCUCCAACCGCCAGAAAGGGAGGCAACCCUCCACUUAA